AUGGCACCUAAAAAAGGCCAGUCUCAGGAAGAGAAGAUUGCUGCUUUAUACAAGUGGUUCCAGUCAUCUCAUGAGUUUUAUACUUUAAAAGAAAUAGAGCAAAAGGGAAGUAAAGCAUGUAAAAUAUCUCUGAUGCAAAUUAAGGAGUUUGUUGCCAGUUUGGUCAACGAUGGGUUGGUUCAACAAGAGAAAUGCGGUACAACCAAUUUGUAUUGGUCGUUCAAGUACUCUGAGCAUAAAUCUAAACAGGACAAAAUUGAUAGAUUGAAGAAAGAAGUUGCUUUAAAAGAGGAAACCAAAAGAAAUUUACAAGAUCAAGUGGCCAAAUUGAUGGCUGAUACAAGUGUUGCAACUUUCCCCGAGAGAGAAGCUGAAUUAGAACGGUUACACAAGUUAAAAUUGCAAAUGACUUGUUUGCAAGAAAAGCUCAAAAUCUUUAAAGAUGUAAAUAAAAUCGAGAGUAUAAAACAAAGUAUUGAAUUUCUUAAUGAGCUGACAGAAGGUAUAUUAUAUUAUCUCAUGAAAAAAACAGGAAUUGAUCAACGUCAAAUAAGAAAGGAGUUUGACAUUCCAUUGGAUUUGGAAGAUCCACCAACACUAUCGACACUAUCAACACUAUCGAGCAGAGCGAGAUAG